AUGGAAAAUAAAUUAUUUAGUAUUUUCUGUAAACCUAAACGGUUUGUAGACAUUUCAGUGGCAUCAAUAAAUACUACAAACAUAAUUGUUGAUGUUGAAGAUGAUGCAUCUGUAGAUGAUACUAUGCCUGUGACGGCUGUACAUGAACCCACACAAAAUGUACAAUGUGAUAUUAAUGACAUUUUAGAUUUAGGUGAUAUUGACUCGGGCCCAGCAACACCUACAUAA